AUGUCCACACCAAGGAACUUAGCUGCAUGGCUCAUCAAAGCUGGCUCUCCCCUACAGGUGGGAGAUGCUCCGCUGCCCACAGCUGGCCCAGGAGAACUCGUCAUUAAAAAUGCGGCGAUUGCUAUCAACCCUCUCGACUGUCAUAUGCAAGACUCCGGCGUCUUUGUACAGCAAUGGCCCUCCAUCUUCGGCUGCGACAUAGCCGGUGAGGUGCAUGAAGUUGGAAAGGAUGUUGAACGCUUCAGGAGAGGGAAUCGUGCAAUUGGACAUGCUAUCAAUCUGACUAGUGGACGUUCUCAGGAUGGCGCAUUCGCUCUGUACACGGUAAUUCCUGCAAAAAAGGCAGCCAUACUCCCCGACGAAAUAUCUUUCACCGAUGGUGUUGUUGUACCGUUUGCAUUGGAGGCGGCUGUCUGCGUGCUUUCCCUCAAGGAGCCCGGUGUCGCCAUGCCCGGUGUAGCUACACCGGCACUGGGCCUUCCAUACCCCUCGCUGCAGGAGAUGCCAUCCUCCAGCAAGACACUCGUUAUCUAUGGUGGCUCGUCCUCCGUUGGCUCGAUGACGACCCAACUGGCCACAGCGGCCGGACUUCGCGUCAUCGCCAUUGCUGGAGCACACAAUUUCGAAUUCAGCAAGCGGUGUGGUGCAGCUCAAGUAUUUGAUCGCAACGAUAUUUCCCUUGCCCACAAGGUUAGCGACGCAGUUCGAAAGGAUAGUGGCGAGUUCGUUGGCAUAUUUGACGCUAUAGCUACCCCCGAGACUUACGCUCAUGACAUCGCAAUUCUUGAUCAGCUGGGUGGAGGACACCUUGCUUGCGUGCAUCCUCCUCCCCCUGCUACCGACCUUCCCGCGAAUGUCAAUGCCGGUAUGAUCUUUGCAGUCAACGAUAUUGCGACCCCUGUCUGGGAGGGAUAUGUUACGCCUGCGUUGCAGUCUGGAAAGCUUCAGUGUCUCCCACCCCCAUUUGUGGUGGGUAACGGUUUAGAGAGUAUUCAAUCUGCGUUGGAAAAGUGCAAGGCGGGAAUCAGUGCCCUGAAGCUGGUGGUGGAGCUGUAA